UAUAGGCUGGGUCCUGCCGGCCGUAGGUGAAAGUUGUGUGCUGUCAUGUCAAACAGCUGAGCUCUGUAGCGCUGGCUGACGAUGGCGCAGCAUAUCCUGCUGGCACGCAUGUUUCUGCUGGAGGCUAAAGCGAACAGGUGUUAUAUACUGUAGCUGCAGUCGUGGGCUUGACUCUCCUUUCUCAAGGUGUUGUUGUCGGGUGCGUCAGCUGUUUGCUUUCACAGGAGACACUCCUUUCCUUUGGGAGCUCUGGCCAGGUGAUCUUUAGUCUGCAAACUGCAGGCUGCUGCGCUCGUAGGUCUGUGCCUGGAUGCCGUCGUGCCCGCGGACCUUGAUUUCCAUACAAGAAUCGUUUAGAGCUACGGAUCACGCUUGACUCUGCUUCCUCCGCAGCCAGUGAGAGGACGCGUUCGAAACGGUUUCGGUCGUCGUCGUCGUCCCGCCCGGCAGGAUAAAGGAGGGACGAUGUAGUUGUGUGUCCAGUCAGCACCCGCCCAGAGCCUCACGGCUUCCGGGACUGUGAGCCCGGGGGCCAGCCGGGGAGGAAGACGAUGAAGGGCCUGUGUGUGGUCUUGCUCUGGCUCCACCUGGCCGGGGGGCUGCCCGGGGCCAGCCGGGAGCACGGCGAGGUGGCCAAGCAGGCCAUCAAGCUGCACCGCGGCCGGGGGGCACCCGUGACGCAGGGCCGCCGGUGGGUGCUGGAGAACUGCCGGCGGCUCUCGGGGCUGAUGAGGCAGAAGAGCACCGUCAUGGAGAAGCUGGGGGCGGCCAUCGCGGCCGUGGAGCGGGACCGGGGGCUGUCUGGCGCCGAGAAGCUCUUCCAGGUGCACACCUUCGAGAUCUUCCAGAAGGAGCUGAACGAGAGCGAGAACUCCAUCUUCCAGGCCGUGCACGGCUUCCAGCGGGCGCUGCAGGGAGACUACAAGGACGUGGUCAACAUGAAGGAGAGCAGCCGGCAGAGGCUGGAGGCCCUGAGAGAGGCAGCCAUCAAGGAGGAGCAGGAGUACGUGGAGCUCCUAGCAGCAGAGAAGCACCAGGCAGAGGCCCUGAAGAUUAUCCAGCACCAGAACAAGAGCAUGUCCAUGCUGGACGAGAUCCUGGAAGAUGUGCGGAAGGCGGCGGACCGGCUGGAGGAGGAGAUCGAGGACCAUGCCUUUGACUACAACAAACUGAUGAAAGGGGUGAACGUGGAGGCCGUGCUCCGCGUGGAGGAGGACGAGGAGGACAGCCAGAGGAACGCGUCCAAGCGGGAGGUGGAGGACGACCUGGGGCUGAGCAUGCUCAUCGACUCCCAGAACAACCAGUACAUCCUCACCAAGCCCCGCGACUCCACCAUGCCCCGCGCGGACCACCACUUCAUCAAGGAUAUCGUGACCGUAGUGAUGCUGUCUCUGCCCUGCGGCUGGCUCUGUACGUCCAUCGGCCUUCCCACAAUGUUUGGCUACAUAAUGUGUGGAGUUCUUUUAGGCCCUUCGGGGCUUAAUAGUAUCAAGUCCGUAGUCCAGGUGGAGACACUGGGGGAAUUUGGAGUGUUCUUCACCCUGUUUGUGGUAGGCCUGGAGUUCUCCCCUGAGAGACUACGCAAGGUUUGGAAGAUCUCUUUGCAAGGGCCUUGCUACAUGACGUCGCUGAUGGUGGCGGUUGGCCUGCUGUGGGGUCACGUUCUGAAGAUCAGACCCACGCAGACGGUCUUCAUUUCCACCUGCCUCUCCCUGUCCAGCACACCGCUGGUCUCGCGCUUUGUUGCGGGGAGUGCCAGGGGUGACAAAGAAGGGGAGAUCGAGUACAGCAGCGUGCUGCUGGGCAUGCUGGUGAUGCAGGACGUUCAGCUCAGUCUGUUCAUCGCUGUCAUGCCCUCUCUCAUCCAGGCUGGGGUAGAAAACGUCGACAGUAUUUUCAUGGAAACCCUGCAAAUACUGCUGCUCGUCGGUCAAGUCCUCUUCUCCCUGGCGGCCGUCCUGCUGGUCUGCGUGCUGACCAAGACCUAUGUCAUCGGGCCCUUUUACAGAAAGCUGCACGCAGAGUGCAAGGGGAACAAGGAGAUCCUCGUUCUGGGAGUGUCUGCCUUCAUUUUCCUGAUGCUGUCGGUGACGGAUUUCCUGGAUGUGUCCAUGGAACUGGGCUGCUUCUUAGCCGGAGCGCUCUUCUCAUCGCAGGGUCACCUCCUGACCACGGAGGUCAUGUCCUGUAUCGAGCCCAUCCGCGAUUUCCUCGCCAUCAUUUUCUUUGCGUCCAUCGGUCUGCAUGUGUUCCCCACGUUCGUGCUCUAUGAGCUCACAAUCCUGCUGAUUCUCACCUUCUCCCUGGUGGUAAUGAAGUUCAUCAUCGCUGUGCUGGUGCUCUCCAUGAUCCUGCCCCAGGGUAGCCAGCAUAUCAAAUGGAUUGUGUCCGCGGGACUGGCCCAAGUCAGUGAGUUCUCCUUUGUGCUGGGGAGCCGAGCGCGGAGGACUGGUAUCAUCUCCAGAGAGGUGUACCUCCUCAUUCUGAGUGUGACCACCCUGAGCCUGCUGCUGGCGCCCGUGCUGUGGAAAGCCGCUACGCUGAAGUGUGUCCCCAGAGCGGAGCGCUGGACGAGCACCUAACUGUCACGCCUCUCCUCCCCGCCGCUUCGGAUCUGGGGCCGGUGCCGGGUCUGGCUAGAAUUCCGUUUCCCAAUCAUCGUUUUCAUUGGGUUGGGCCGGUCGCCGUGACAACACGACGCUGUAUUUCAUCAGACACUUAACGUCCUGAAUGUAUAAGCGGGAGACCCUGCAGUUUUGACUGCCUUGGCCAAAGGAGCGGUCACUUGAGUGUGAAAAACAGCGUGACGAGAGCGUUUUGAUCAGUAAUUUUUUGUACAAUGUCCAAGGCGAAACAUUUGUGGUUCCUGGGAGUGAUCAUCCUGGGUAAAGCAUGACUUUUUAACAAAAAGUCUUGUCAGUUCAAAACUGAUUUAAUAUAAACACCGUGUCCUGAACAGUCGGGAAUAUGUGUACAUAUAAUUUGCUCUUAUUUGGUCUGUCUUUAAAUUAUUUUGACCUACAAGUGUUUGAUGUUCCCUGCUUCACCUAGAAAAGUCUGUAAUUUUGAAAAGAAAAGAAAACAAUAGAGAAAUAUAAUAAGGCUGUAAAGGAACUCGAGAGCAAUGAAGAGGGGCCACUUGCUAAAGAAGAAACAUCUGUCACAACGUGGACUGAAGAUCCAUUGUUGUCUGUCAUGCAUGAUACGUCCAUGUUCACACAUGGAGGGCCUUCAGCUGGUUGAACAAAAGCAGAAGGCAGGAUGCACCAGCUUGUAUGUAAAUAUUGGCUCUUUUAGAGCUCUGAUAUAGCUUGCUUAUUAUGUUUGACCUAACUUGUCUGAGCAGGUGCUUCCUGUAGGAUGUUUUUAAUGUGAAACAUUAUCUGAACCAGUAUAGGAGAGCUAAUUUGGGGCUUACAAUGUUUGUGAUUUGUAGGGUUGUGUCAGUGCAAAGGUCUAUAUUUUUGUAUGUCAUGCCUUAUACCUGCUGGCAUGAAAAAUAGUUCUUGAAAUUCCUAAUCCUAGCCACAGAGCAUGCAGGCCAAAUCAGUUGUUAAUGUUGGUUGCAUUACUGACAUUCCAAUGCUGCUGAUGACACUGUUUUGAAAUAAUUUGUCUUGAAAGAUUGCUCAGGUUCAAGACCUACUCUUUUUAAAAAGCAUCUUAGCAGCAAUUUCACAUUAAACUUUAUUUUUUUAAUACUGUCAGAAUUCCUUAAUUCAGGCUGCAAAUCAGGCAGUUUAAUUUAGGUUUAAACCGUUAAUUGGUUUGAUGUCCUCUAUCUUCCAUUAGAUCAAAAGACAACAGCUAAAUUAGGAAGAAAAACAAUAGAUCUUCGAUCAAAAUUGCACGCUUCUUUUACCGAAUGCUUGUAUUAGAGUAAUAUUUAUUUUAUUCUAUUUUCAAAAGAGUGGACCCUUUCCAAAUUAUGAAUGGCAUAAAUUAUUGGAUUAAAGACAUGGUCUGCACUGUUCCAAGGCUGUCUUUGAUUGAAGUUAUCUGUCUAAACCUUUUUGUGUUGUCUGAGCCCUUAUGGUCUGAAUCCUUCAGUUUCAGAAAAAAUGUAAAAAAAGUGCCUUAAAAUACAUUCCACAUCUCCCUUGUGUUACCUCGCCAUACACUGCAUGGAUGUCACGGUACCUUUAAUAUGCUUGCACCUACGUACUUCUUAGUCCUUAAACUUCAUCAGCAUACUGUAAGGGGGUUCUUAAUUCUUUGACAUGGGUUUUCUGGCCUGUGCUCAGUAUGAAGUAAAACUGGCCAAUUGACCAGUUUUCCGCUUGCUUAUGUCUAAAAGGUUUGUGUCUGUUUUCCAGAUGCUUUAAGUAUCCGUUACAAAAUCUGGACUUUCUGCGUUAGUCCAGUGCGGCGCAGGUAAUAAGGCAUCCAUGAUAGUCAUCCUUCUCAUUCUAAGCACAACCAAAGAAACCCUUUUAAACACUUACUGUGGCUUUUGUUUUUCUAAAACACAGAAAUGUGUAACAGUAAAUUUGAAAUGGGUUUUGUUACCAACGGUUGCCUUUUUGCCAAUUCUCUUUUACAUCCUGUAAAUGUAAAGCGCUUUGCUGCUAAGUGUUUACAUGGCUUUCUGCUGGGAUGCAGAUGAGCAUGGCUGCUCUUGCUUUGAAUGCAUACCGGAGGCACUGAUGAUGCUUUGCUUUGCAAUGCUUUGGCAGUCAGCUUGGGAAGAAUUGUGUGAUUACAAUAAAGGGACCCAUUCGGGACCUAGAGCGUUCAUGCUCCUCAAUAGAUUGCACUUGUGAGUUUUAAGAAGGUACAAAAGUUUUAUGAAGUUAAAUUAAGGUGUCAGGUGUUGUGGUGUUCCAGUCUAUAUAGUGCAUCACAUCCUGUGACCAUAACACUAAUAUUUUUGUAAGGGGAAUGUUUAAAUAACUUUAUUCAGAAAUGAAAUAUAACUUUUUUUAAAAACAAAGUGGUAGCAGUGAUUAUUUUAUUCGGAUGAAUCAGAUUUCAAGCACAAGUGUUUUAGGAAUCUUUAUUUUUUAUUGGUUUAGAAAAUGGUGUUCAACGAUCCAGACUAUGUGAAUUUAUUUUGUUGUCCAUCUAAUGUAAUGUGACUUUUUUCAUUCCACGCAUAUCAAUGUGUAAAGUGCUGGGAAGGAUUAAAAAAAAUAAUAAUAAAAUAACAUAACAUUGGAAUAAA